AUGGCCGAACUCUGCACCCAGGAUCGUCCCGCAACCGUCCCGCCGCUCUUCUGUACAGCACAGGUGCCACGUAGCAGCGACGCAGGCAACAAAAAGCGUAAGGACUCGUCGUCGUCGGACGAGAAGAAGAGGCGGGACCGACCGGCGGAUAGCGCGCUUCAUGGAGAGGGAAGGCCAGUCGCUGCAGAAUAUUCCGAGAAGCGCAGUUCAAAGGAUUCGAGCAGAAGGAGAAGAUCUGGUGACUCUACCCCGCGAUCUCCGCGGUCACCGCGCCACGAAAGAGAGAGGGAGGAGCACCGACCGCGAUCGCAACACCAGUACGAAGAUGCAUACCGAACUCGCGAGAGACGCCGCUCGACACUGGACGUCGAAGUGCCGCAGGUGUAUCGCCGUGCAGCUGAGCCAAGUAGCGUCAACUCAUCACAAGAGGCUCUGCUGAACCCACGCCCCCACCGAAGUCAACACCGUCGGCGGCAGCACCCAAAGCAAACGUCGCAAAGCACUCUGCGCGGGCGCGGAGCAAAGCGCGACCCUGUAAGACAUUCGAAAUCGAAGAAGAAUGUCCGACCAGAACCUUCUCGGGGGUGGUCACUCUUUGCACCCUCCCCGCCAAAGACACCCAAGCGCGAACACCGCAGUUACCAGACCCUGGAUUCUUCACCCCGAAGCAACCGCUCAUCCCGCCAGCAUCGCUCCUCGACUGCGUCUCAGACAAGCCCGGAAUCAUCACGGUCCCAAAACCGCCACCACCGUUCUCGUCAGCACGAGCAGUCAGCUUCUUCUCCGCGCCAAGCGCGCUCUCGUACACCAAACACAACUGCUCGUCGCGUGCCUGACAGACGGUUCGCUGUACUCGCCGCUACCAACCAGGCGCUUGAGGAGGUCCGACAAGAAGCAUUCGCGCAACCCUCCCCACCUCCGCGACGAGAGAGGCUGCGAAGCUCACUCAAGCCACGCAUGGCUGCUGCACCUGGCCAAUGCGGUCCCGGCAGACCCGGCAACAGACAGACCAGUGGCGCAAUAUCGCUCGUUGUGUAG